UCUCACAGGAACUACCACGAGACCUCCAAAAGGAAGAAAGGAAGAAGGGAAAGAAAAAGGUUUAAUUGAGGGGUUGAGGUUCUCACUGUUUACUAAUCAACAAAAACAACAUUCAGCUGUGAGAGUAGAUUUUUAAUCAUCUUCUUUUCACUUAUUGAGCAACAAAAGCCUUUAAAAGAAACAUUUCAAGCAUUUUCCCUCUUUGAGAACAACUUAAAGCAGCAGCGAUGUCGCCCUCUCUCCUCCAGGCCUACAGGAGGCGCUGGUGGAUGGCGGUGACAGCGGUGAUUGAAAACCUGCUGUGUUCGGCUGUGCUGCUCGGUUGGGGCUCCCUGCUCAUCAUGCUAAAAAGGGAAGGCUUCUACUCCCACCUGUGCACAGUGAAUGACUCCUUAGUCAUGUCUUUGGGGAACUCCUCGGGCAGUGAGCCGGAGGAGUGGGUCAGCUGCGUGGACCAGGAGGAGAUGCUGAAUCUGGGCUUCACCAUAGGCUCCUUCUUACUCAGUGCCACCACCCUGCCGCUCGGUAUCCUGAUGGACAAGUUUGGCCCACGUCCUUUACGCCUAGUGGGCAGUACGUGUUUCGGUCUGUCCUGUGUUAUGAUGGCCGUGUCUGCCUACGAUCCUGAUGUUCUGUCAGCGCUCAUCUUCUUGGCUCUGUCUCUGAACGGCUUUGGAGGCAUCUGCCUGACCUUCACCUCCCUCACGCUCCCCAACAUGUUUGGCGCUCUGAGCUCCACUGUCAUGUCUCUGAUGAUCGGCUCCUACGCUUCAUCGGCUGUCACCUUCCCUGGUGUCAAGCUGAUCUAUGAUGCAGGCGUGUCCUUCCAGGUGAUCAUGUGGGCGUGGGCAGGUCUUGCUGGGUCCGUCUGUUUGAACUGUUUCUUGAACUGGCCUGCAGAAGGCUUCCCAACACCUGAUGAGGUGGACUACAGUAAGAUCCUCACUACACUGAAAGACAUGCCUUCAUCGGACCAGAAGACUCUAGAAGAGAGCUUGAGACAGAAAAAUGGAGACGUCCGACACUCCACAGAGAAGCUUCCUAACGGUCAUGACGCUGCACCCAAUGCCGUUCCCUUCCGCCGGUCUGUGUUCUCUCCCAUCUUCCUGUGGAGUUUGGUUACAAUGGGGAUGACUCAGUUGAGGAUCAUCUUCUUCAUGGGGGCGAUGAACAAGAUGCUGGAGUUCAUGGUGACGCAUGGCGAAGUGCAUCCAACCGAGCAGCUGGUGAUUGAGGCGGAAGAAAAAGUGAGUUUCUACUCUUCCAUCUUCGGCACGCUGCAGCUGCUGUGUCUGGUCACAUGUCCUCUGAUUGGAUACAUCAUGGACUGGAAGAUGAAGGACUGUGAAGAGGAGAAGGUAGCUCCCCCAGGCACAGAGCAACGACCGACCAGUGGGUCCAAGAGAGACCGUAAGAUCCAAAAAGUGACCAACGCCAUGAGAGCCUUCAUCCUCACCAACCUGCUGCUUCUCGCUUUCGGAUGCUGCUGCCUCAUAGACAACCUGCCCCUACAGAUUUUGACCUUCAUCCUCCACACAAUGGUCCGAGGCUUCAUCCACUCCUGCUGCGGAGGCCUUUACGCCGCUGUCUACCCAUCAAACCACUUCGGCACCCUGACAGGCCUCCAGUCCAUGAUCAGCGCUGUGGUCGCUCUGCUUCAGCAGCCGCUCUUCAUCGCCAUGGUUGGACCAUUGAGCGGAGACCCCUACUGGAUCAACCUCAGCCUGCUGAUCUUCUCACUUGCUGGCUUCCUGUUGCCGGGUUACCUGUUCUACCACCGCACAUGCCUGCAGAGGGAAAAGGACGCCAGAGACAAGCGGGCCGGUGGUCAGGAGAUGCAGGCGCUCAACCACACUGAGGCCAACGGCCACAAGCCGCACAGCAAUGGUCUCGCUGCUGUGGAGGCUUAGACAGCAUGACAGAGCCGAGGAUUGGGGGAAUGUAGGAUUUAUUUUUUGUAUGUGCCUUCAAAAGGAGCACCAGCAAUCAACUAAAA